AGGUUGUGCAUGCAAUGGAGACUCAAGGUGUUCAGCUUCUGCUGCUGUUUCUGUUGUGUGCUGUGUCCACCUGCUGGGGACAGCAAGGAGUAUAGCUCUGUGUGUACUGUUAUGCAGUAUCAUAAUCGUUCCUACUCUAUAUCUACCACUGUUCCAGUCACAUGUUCUGAUAUUCUUCUGACCAUCUCUAAUGGAGCCAUAACCUAUGCUGGUGGGUCUACUAACAACAGACCAGUGGGUGCUACAGGCACCUACACCUGUAACACUGGCUACACUCUCAAUGGAGGCACCACCAACAGGACUUGUGGGAGUGAUGGAAUGUGGAGUGGGUCAGCUCCAACUUGUCAGCGUAAUUGCCCUGAAUUACCAUCACUGGCCAAUGGGAUGAUUAUGUACAGUGCUGGAUCCACUAACAACAUACCUUUCCUCUCUAAUGCUGUGUACUCCUGCAACACUGGCUACACUCUCACUGGAGGUACUCUCAAUGGAGGUACCACCAGGGUCUGUGUGGGUGGAGGGAGCUGGAAUGGGUCACCUCCAACUUGUCAAGUGGACACAGGACCCACUGAACCACCCACCACCUGCCCUGACCUGACUGCUCCGACCAAUGGAAUGAUCAGCUACAAUAUUGGAUCCCCUAACAACAGACCUAUUUUUUCUGGAGCUACCUACAGCUGCAACCCUGGCUACACUCUCACUGGAAGGGAUACCAUCAGGACCUGUGUGAGUGGAGGGAUCUGGGAUGGGACACCUCCAACUUGUCAAGAGAUACCUUGUUCUGACUUACCCUCACUGGCCAAUGGGAUGAUCACCUACAGUGCUGGAUCCCGUGACGACAGACUAGUGGGCAGUGCAGCUACUCACUCUUGUAACAAUAGCUACCGUCUUGGUGGAGAGGCAGUGAGGACUUGUGUGAGUGGGGAUACCUGGAGUGGGUCAGCUCCAGUGUGUCAGCGACCUUGUUCUGAUUUACCACCACUAAUGAAUGGAGUCAUUACCUACAUUGAUGGACUUGCUGACAGCAGACCUAUUAAUACCAUUGCUACCUUCACUUGUGACAAUGGCUACACUCUCACUGGAGGGAGUUUCAGACAAUGUCAGAAUGAUGGGACCUGGAGUGGGUCAGCUCUCACUUGUCAAUUACCGCCUGUCUACGUCUCCAUGGGAACCACCAACUAUGCUGUUAUGAACUCACAGGUUGCCAUAGACACCAUCGGAGAUACCACUGAGACAGCAUUGACUUGCAGAACUGACUCAACUAUUUGCUGUACAGGACAAGAUAAUCCCAAUAGUGCCAAUGGAUUAGGAGAAUGGCUACUACCAAAUGGAACAGCUGUCACUAGGAGUCAGGACAUUACUGAUUCAGACACUGAUCUACUGUACAGUGUUGGAGAUACAGGUGCACUCAGACUCCAUCGUCGAGGGUCUGUGUCAGGCCUCACUGGCUCCUACUGCUGUGUGAUUCCUGAUAACACUGGGGUUAUCCAAGCCUUCUGUGUGCAGUUAGUGAUUGUUGAAGUCAUCACUACCUCUCCUCCCAUUACAACCUCUAUUGAUGAGAGCUCUCCCUGUCCCCCAAGUAACAACACUGGUGCUGUGGUGGGGGGAGUGGUGGGCUUGGUAGCAGUGGUGAUUGCAGUGACUGUAGUGAUGGUGACCUACCUAGUGCUCCGGUACAAGAGAGGAGGGAAAAUAACUGUUCCUCGAGAUAUCCCCCUUACUGACCAGGGUCAAAGUGCAGCCGCUACCUACGAGAUUGUCCCUGCCACUUAUGAGGAGAUCCCAGCCUCCAAAGAGGUCAAAGGUGACUACAGCUACACACAGAACAAUGCCUACUCGACUGUGAGUGGGCGUGAGGCUCCUGCUGCUGGAGGAAUAUACGAUAACUGAACUAUCACAUGACUCAAGUAGAAAAUAAUUAUGUCUUGAAUUUUAUUUGUUAGUUUGUACACAGCGUGCAGUUAUACGUACUUCAUCAGCCCUC